AUGGCUUGGUCGACCUCCAGUUGCGUGGCUCAAGCCAUACAAUCCAUCCGUUCACCCAUCGCUUUGCGAACCCUUCUCCCCCAACGUUCCGCAGCCCAUGCACAUACCUUUUCCCCCAGAGCAUCCCUAUCAACGACUUUAACACAACGGAAAAAUGUCCGAAGUUAUGCGACGGAGGUCCAACCCUCUGAGGUUCCGCCCGCUGGUGAAAUCGACUUUGAACAUUUUAGAGCCAUGCCUGCCCGAAUCGUUCCUGUAUCGCCCUCAUACUUUUCCGGAAUCCCGAAAUUUUACGACCACCUACUCCGACUCGAGCGUCUGUUGGCGCAGAAUGCAACACUGCCCACUGUACCUUCCGGGGAGGCACCCCGGAAGGCGUGGAUGAAGAUUGCACAAUUCCGUGAACAUCUGGGAGAAGAAGUCCCGACGAAGAAAUACAUGGGUCUGCUCAAGGUUGUUUAUCGACUGAACUGCAUUGACCCUUCUUUGAUCCCGGAAGAAGUCAACGCCGCCCUCCAAGAAUUCGUCCGUCCCGGAAACCCAUUGGGCGAGGCGCCCGCGCCGCGUAAACUCGACGAAUUGGGUCGUGCCCGUGGAAAAGGGAAGCGAAAGGCAUCUAAUGCUGUGGUGCAUUUAGUAGAAGGAGAAGGGGAGGUGUUGGUCAAUGGGAGGACCCUGGCCGAGGUGUUCCCCCGACUGCAUGACCGAGAAAGCGCGACUUGGGCCCUGAGGUGCUCAUCCAGACUCGACAAGUACAAUGUAUUUGCUCGAGUCAGGGGUGGAGGUACGACCGGACAAGCAGAGGCCAUGACUCUAGCGCUCGCACGGGCGUUGCUGAUCCAUGAGCCUGGCCUGAAGCCAAUUCUGCGAAAAGCCGGUGUUGUUACUGUUGAUCCUCGUCGUGUGGAGAGGAAGAAGCCUGGCCACGUGAAGGCGCGUAAGAUGCCUGCUUGGGUUAAGCGAUGA